CAACUUCAUGGUAAUAAGAUCGGCGCUAAGCAACUUUCAUAGCUUUCUCUUUCAGCACCAUUCUUUUCAAAUACAUAACUUUAUUUAUUAUUCAUCACUCUUCCUCACGUUAGUUAAUAACACUUACCAUUUCGAGCCUUUCUUUAUGAGUAGACAGCUUCGCCAUAAAGCAAGCCCCUUUCAUCAUCCAUCAUCCAUCGCCUAUUCGUCUAUCAUCUUUCAGGGUGAAUACAUCGGUCGGCUAUGGCUCCAUCAAGACAGAACCAGGCCCCUCCUUACGCCAAAGAUGAGAGAGUGCUCUGUUUUCACGGUGAUUUGAUGUACGAGGCUAAGAUUAUGGAGGUGGUUGUGAAGCCAGGUCAGAAGCCUGAGGAUGCUCAGUACCGUAUCCACUACAAAGGAUGGAAGGCGAGCUGGGACGACUGGGUUUCGCAGGACCGCAUCCGCAAGUUCACCGAAGAUAACAAGCAGCUAGCUAGUCAGCUAGAGGCUCAGGCCCGAAUGCGAAGUUCUAGCUCCAAGGGAGGAAAGAAGGGUAUCAGAGCUAACGGUUCCGAGAUGAGCUCUGCUCGAGGUAGUGAAGAGCGUGCUGCCGGAUCCUCAAGCUUUGGCAGAGGUCCCCGACGAGGCAGGGACUACGAACUUGAAAACGAGGACGCAUUUCACUCCAGACCUUCCAUCAAGCUUUUUGUUCCUGACAUCCUGAAGGCGAUGCUUGUUGAUGAUUGGGAGAACAUCACAAAGAACAACCAACUCGUCCCUCUCCCUCAUCCCCACCCGGUGACGAAGAUCCUCGAGGACUAUGCCGCUUAUGAGACCCCGAAGCGCACUGCCGGCUCCUCUCAUGUGGACAUUCUUGAAGAGACCUUAGCAGGCCUGAAAGAUUACUUCGAUAAGUCCCUUGGUCGCAUUCUCCUCUAUCGAUUUGAACGUGCCCAAUACGCAGAAAUGUACCAGAAGUGGAUGUCCGAAGAUCCCGAGUAUCAAGGCAAGACUGCAAGCGAUACCUAUGGUCCCGAGCACUUGAUGCGCCUGAUUGUGUCCUUGCCGGAGCUUGUUGCUCAGACAAACAUGGACCAGCAAUCGGUCAACCGUCUACGCGAGGAACUAGUCAAGUUUUGUACCUGGUUGUCCAAGAACACCACGAAGUACUUCGUCAGCCAUUACGAAUCCCCUCCUCAGGACUAUAUUCAGAAGGCCAAGGAUUAAUCUGGUGACGGUUAUUUGGCUCUAUUGGUGAUUCCUACUACUUGCAACUUUUCAUUCAGCACAGCAUAUUCCGCCAAGCAUUGUCUUCUCGAGGGAUGAAGACCGGAACACCAUUUGCCGCACCACUGUCUUUGGCGCCUCUGGCUCUGGAACGAUAAUUUCGGUUCCCCUUGUACGAAUAAUAGAUUUCCUCUGAUCAACGCGAAAAGCUUGCCGCUGGGGCAUUUUACUAGGUUACGCACCUAAUGUAACAGUUCCCUAGGAGAUAAGAUUUAUGCACUUGCAGCAUAAAGGAGGGAUAUUUGCGGUAUUGGUCUGGACGGAUGCUUUGAGGUUGCAUUUGAUUUUGCUCGAGGUUGCAUUUGAUUUUGCGAUGACUUUGUUUUUACGAUGACUUUGUUUUCCUUUAAUAAUAAUAGUACAUUGGCAUUUCCUUACAUA